GAAAAGUAUUGGCGGCCUUUUCCAAGGGUUUAGUUGGUCAUUGGUAAUACAUUCUAUUAACGAUUUAGAUAUCAAGGCGAUAUACCUUUUAGGGUUUCUAAAUAGAAAAUAAUCAAUUAUUUAUGGUAUAAAAAUUUGAUUCAAAAGACAACUCAUUAUGGAUAUGGAUUUAGAAGGGUUUGGAGAUUUGCUCCAAAAAGCAGAACAGCUGACUGCAGAAAUGGACAGUGGAAGUGACUUACCACAUGUUGAGAGAAAUCUACAACAGAUAUUGGAAGCAGGCAACAGACUUCUGUCGAAAACAGCUCCUGUUAGUCAAGAUUCAACUGAUGUGAAAGCGUCAAUUUUAUUGGGAUCAAAAGGUUAUGAUGUUCCAAAGAUAUCAGAGAAACUAGAAGGUUUAAGUGCGAUGAAAACUUUUGAACCGUUAGAACCAGUACGAGAUACCGAUAUUCAGGGUUUUUUAAGAAAUGAAAGAGAAAAUGCAUUAUUAGCUGUAAUUGAACAAACUAGAAAACAUACUUUUGAAGAAGUUGAAAGGAGACAAUGGGAAUCUUUAGAGAAUGAAUGGGAAAGAGAAAAACAGAAGAUAUUAAAUACAUUACUUGGCUCUGGUCAAGAAACUUUGGACUUCCAACCUGAAACAGAGAGUUUUAUUGGUGAUUCUCUGUUUACACAAGGUAGAAGUAAUUUAGAUCAUAUUGAAACGGCUUAUGCUAGACAGGUUUAUGUAUAUAAUGAACAAGUGAUAGAAGGAGGAAUAAAACCUAGUUUAGUUGAUAUGUUCUAUGAUGUAGCUAAGAGUUUUGAUGACAAGAAUGUAACAGAUUUAUGGGAAAUGAUGAAAUGUAUGAUAGAGGUACCGUUUGGUCGAACUGGUGACAGUAUUUCUAACACACGAUCAGAUCAACGAAUACAGACCGCUUUUGUAGAAAAUGCUAAGCAUUAUCUAGAACAAACAUAUUUGAAAUAUAUAACGACUACUAUAUAUGGUAAUUUACAACAAGCUCAGUUAGGAGGCGUUCCUGGAACUUACAACUUAGUUAAAAGUUUUCUGAAAGUACGACCACCAGUAUCUAUUAGAGAAUCAGAGGAUUUUCUGUUAGAAGGUCAGCCAGUGUGGGCUGUCAUAUAUUAUUGUUUAAGAUGUGGUGAUUUAAAAGCUGCUGACGAUGUCGUGAAAAAAGCUCAACAUAAACUGGGAGAUUUUGCAGCUUUUUAUAGCGAAUAUGUUCAGUCUGAUGGACACAGAUUGUCGCCUGGUAACGAUACUAAGAUUAAACUUCAAUACAGAAGAAUAGUAAAAAGUAGUACAGAUCCAUAUAAAAGGGCUGUGUAUUGUGUAGUUGGACAAUGUGAUCCAAAUGAAGAUCAUACAGAAGUCUCUGAUAAAAUAGAUGAUUAUUUAUGGUUGAAAUUAUCACAAGUACAAUUUGAACCUGAUGAGACAGGACAAGAACAGUUUACUUUACAGAAAUUACAAACAUUAUUAUAUGAAGAUUUUGGUGAAAAUCAUUUUAAUGGAUAUCAACAACCAUUCAUGUAUUUCCAAGUUUUAGUUUUAACCAGUCAAUUUGAGGCAGCCAUUGAAUUUUUAUCACGUCUGGAAAGAUUACGGUGUCAUGCUGUUCAUGCUGCUUUAGUUUUAUUCGAACUAAAGCUACUUCUUCUGCCGUCCAAUCCACAGUCUCAAUUAUUAACUAAAGAUGUUAGUGAUCAGCCACCAAUGAGAAGAAUAAAUCUAGCACGUUUAAUUAUGAUGUAUACAAGAAAAUUUGAAGCUACCGAUUCUAGAGAGGCUUUGCAAUAUUUCUAUUUCCUAAGAGAUCUAAAAACUGCCCAAGGAGAGAAUUUAUUUAUAUCCUGUGUUAGUGAAUUGGUUUUAGAAACUAGAGAGUUUGAGAUGUUAUUAGGUAAAUUAGAGCGAGAUGGUAGUCGAAGGGCAGGUGCAAUUGAUAAAUUUAAUCGUGAUACACACAAGAUUAUAAAACAUGUAGCAGAAGAUACAGAAUCUAAAGGUUUAUUUGAAGAUGCUAUAAGACUUUAUGAUUUAUCAAAGAAUCAUGAUAAAGCUCUAUCAUUGAUGAAUAAAUUACUGAGUCAAGUUGUACCUCAACCAACUUCACCACAGAGUAAUAGAGAUAGAUUAAGAAACAUGGCAGUAGGAAUGGCAGAAAGAUAUCGUAAGACAGAUAAUACGGCUAGUACAGCUAAUACCAGUACAUUCUAUUUACUACUUGAUUUAAUCACCUUUUUUGAUCUCUAUCAUUCUGGUACAAUAGAUCAAGCUUAUGAAGUGUUGAAGCAAUUAAAACUGUUACCACUGACAUCAGAUGAAGUUGAACAUCGUGUUAACACAUUUAGACAUUAUACAGAUGAGAUAAGAAGAUGUUUGCCAGAUAUUUUAUUAGCAGCAAUGAAUACAUUACACAGUAAAUAUAAGGAUCUAAGGAAUACAAGUAUACAUAGUCCAGUACCUGGUCGAGGGAUUCAAUCAAAUGAUGGCGGAAAGGAAACGUAUUUGGAUUAUUUAAGAAAUCAAGCUCGUGUACUGAUUAUGUUUGCUGGCAUGUUACCAUAUCGUCUACCAGGAGAUACCAAUUCCAGAUUAGUUCAAAUUGAAGUUCUCAUGAACUAAAUUUAUUUUUAUUGUAAAGUACAUUGACUACUUUAGAUGACCAAUUCCAGAUUAUUUCAAAUUGAAGUUAUCAUGAACUAAUUGAUUUUAUUAUAAAGUACAUUGACUACUUUAGAUGACCAUGUUCCUGGAUUAGUUCAAAUUGAAGUACUCAAUAACUAGAUUUAUUUUAUUGUAAAGUACUUUGACUACUUUAGCUGAACAUGCUCCUGGACUAUACUUCUUCAAACUGAUGUAUUGAUGUACACUUGGCCUUGUUGAUUUCAAAGAUUGCAUUCUGCAUGCAGAGAACUAUUUAGUUUGAGAAUAGAUCUCUGCCUUGAAUGGCUGACAUUUUCUAAAAUGAGUAGCCUAUUUUGUAAUAAAGUGCUAAUCCGUUUUACAUCUUUCAUAUACACAAAGACUAAAUUGUCGAUUUUAUUAAAUGGAAGCAGAGUAAACACUUCUCAAAGUGAAGUAUACUUAAUGUUUUCGACUAAAAUCAUUGAUUAUGUUGGUCAAUUAGCUUGGUGACUGUUCUCAAGUGGAGCUAAUCAUAGACAGACAGCAUUACCUUUGUAUGCAAAUGAUGUACUCAAUCAUGGUGAUUCCAUUUUCAAAUUGAUACACAGGAUUGUAUGAGCAGAUGAAAGUGCGUUGUUGUACUAAUACCGGUUUUGAUUCAAGAAGAAGUACUUGUAAUGAAUUAUCCUCCUUGUUAUUGUUUUUGUUUUGUUCAUUUGUAAAUAAUCUAAUAAAAUCAUGUAUAGAGCAUCAA